GAGCAGGCGGCCGGUUCCAAACGGAAGGCACUACUAAUAAUCCGCAUUCGGGCAAACGAAAACCGAACCACACUUACUUUCCUCAUAUCACCGCAUAACAAAACGUUAUUUACGCUACAAUAGAACAGAGAAGAUUUGAGAUGAAAAAGAAGAAGCAAAAACUCGUAAUAAAACAAAAUAGACAUACUUUAUCGCACACCCUUAACACGACUAUUUCCCCUUCGCCAACGUCACUUCCGUCGUUUGAACGUGUUGUUAACGAACAAUUAAGGAGACAGUGAAUAGAAGAUAUCCGUUUAGAAGAAUGUAUUCAGCUAGGUGUCCCGCGUAAAUAGUGAACCUGUGCUUGGGCUUUGAGCUGGCAUUCAGGCUCUAGACGCAACGAACCUAAUUCGUUUCUGUUACUGCAUUAUUCGGUGUUGAACGCAUGUGUUUUAGAUGGUGAGUGGAAUGAUGAGAAAAGGCGCAUUGCUGGCCAAAAAACGAGGCUUUGUUUAAGGCAUUGGUUUUGACAAAAAAAAAAACAUCGUCCAACGGGAGUGAGUGAUUGUCCCAAUGGUCUUCUUGAGCUGAUUAAUCUAACGUCCAGCAAAGUAUGCAAAGGGUAUUGACAAAUCGGCAUCAACCACGAGUAGGUGAUGUGUGAGAAAAGAGCGGGAAGAUGGGCAAGCCAUGCUUUAAACUCUGAAAUGGUUGAAGUAUACACUCUCUUGCGAACGAUGGAACGGAACAGACUUUUAGGGGAGGAGAGCACUCUGAAGGAUCAAAUCUUUGGGUUCUGGAGAAUGACAAAUGAUGUAGCUAGAAGAAGAAGAAGAAGAACCGUAUAAUGUAGAAUGUGGAACAUAUUAAGAUACGAAUAGGAUAUCGUGACCUUUAAUGCAGGUAACGAUUGUUAAAUGGUGAUUUAAGGCUGUAAGCACAGAUUUUGACACAAAUUAAAAUAUGUUUUCUUUUUUAAUUUUUAACCAAUUACGUUUGUGGUUGAAGGUAGAUGAGGAGUGCCAGGGAGAGACGUUGUCGUCGUCGUGCAUUUCGUUGUCAGAGAGUAGGUGAAUUGACGAAAGGGAUAGGAAUAUUGUGUUGUGUGUGUAAAUAAACUGAUAAUUAUAGAGGAAAAGCAAAGAAACAAAACACAAAUCAAUCCAGGGAGAAAUAUAAUACAGGCCCAAACUUUGGCACCUUUAUUUGGAAUAAUGAAAAGCGCAGGCAGGAUAGGCAAGGGUCUGUCUGGACAACAAGCACCCGGACGUAAGAUGGAGUGAGGCCGGUAGUAGUAGUAGUGUAGUAGCAGCAGUAGUAGUUGUAGUAAUACUGGUAGCAGCAAAGUACAACUGAAGCUCUAAUGCUGGUAAUUCCACUGUGAGUUUAAUAAUUGAAUAUUGAGCGUGUGCAACUCUCUUCCUCCUUAAGGAUAAGCAUAUUAAUAUACACAUGUACACUGUACUGCUCUCUGUCCAUGCUAUUUCGUUAGUUUGCGCAGAAGCAGUACAGAACGGUAGAACGAUAUUUCCUAUCGAAUAUCAGCGUAUUCCUUUCCCGAUGGUUCGUUUGCAUCGUUUAAGAUGUGUCCUGCAGAUGCAAUCGGGGAACGGGAAGGAUGCUGCAUCCUUCACGUAGGCGACAUUCUUCCUUGUUGAGUGACCCUGAUAAAGGCAUUACCGCUCUUUAGCCGCAAAAGUCAAUGCCCCACGGGGAACGAUUCCGUCGACCACAUGCAACAACAGCAAUUGCAAGUUCUCUCCGCACCCCUCUACCCUCCUCCUUGACAUCUUCCCUCGAAGCCAACAUCGCAAGUCAUUCCCUGUUUUGUUAUCGACAAAGUAAAAAAGAUAAAUACACUCAAAAAAUGAAUGAAAAAAAUCACUUUAUUGCGUAGAACUGUGUAGAAUAGUUUACGGUAGCAAGUGAAGAAUGUAUAACCGAUAAGGCAAGCCAUCUUUACUCAUCCAUGAUGGGGAAGGGGGGAGGCUGUUGGACAAAUCAUAAACUCUCUCACAUGUCAGCAUCUGGUAGCAGAGCCGAAGUGUGAGCAGCGCCAUUUUAUUUGUUUUUAAAGUAGUAGGGGCGUAAAAAGUAGGUUAAACCUCUUUGAUCGGGGUGUUGGCAAGAAAAAAAUGCGCGUUGGUAUGCGGAGUAGAUCAAAUUAUAAGUUACACAAUUAUGCUGCCUACCGGCUCUUGACACGCUAACAGGCCGCUCCCGGAAGCCGUUAGAUAGAAGAAACGUGGAGCACUGUAGAGUAUAUAUAAAUAUUGUAUGUGCGGCAAGUUGGCUGUUGGCGGAAACAAAUGUUUUUUUUUUUCAUUUCCCCCUUUGUAGUAGAAAAAUAAAAGCGACAUUCGCGUGUUAAACCGAUUAAACGGACAUUACUCAAUGUAGCCCUCAAUGGAAGGGAUCGGAUCAUGGUUGUUACGUUGAAUCUUUCUUUUGGGAUGGAAAGAGAUUUUUGCGUAGAUUAAACGGACGGUAAACAGGUGAAUGGCAAAUGUGCUGUGCCACGCACACCCAAUGAAAUGCAUACUUAAUGGACACUAAUAGGCACGCGCUGACGACUUGUGCAUUCUUUUUAGCUGCCCUCGCCCUAUUCACCUCAUGUAGUGUUGUCUGCAUUAUGGAAUAGAUAACGGCAGAAUGCUCGAGGGUCAUCGCAUGGGCGCUAUGUUCUAGCAUGCAUGCUGUGUCGCAAAAUGAACGAACGAAUUUCUAUCUCAACUGUCUCAUAAUCACCGAAGUCUGAAGAGCGAAGGGGUUACAAUGCGUAGAGUAGAGGUCUCACUUCUACCCACUACUCAGUGCACCCCACACAUUAGUCACACAGUCUUACUAGUAAAGAGGGAAUGAAGGGAGGUAUGAGAAAACGAAAAACCAACAUAAACAGUGUUACGAUGCCUCUAGGGCUACCUGAACUAUUUGAUAUACGGCGCGUACGGCGAAGCAAAUGAAGAAAGGCAACUCAUAAACAUCCAAAAACCCAACCUGUUCUACGCUAAGGAUUGAUACAAAAAAAUAUGAGAGCGAAGAAAAAACAAAAACAUAUUUUUACUCCUAAAACGGAUGGUUUGUGUUUAGUAGAAAUGAUACAUAUAUACGCAACAGAGGGCAGGUGAACCGGGAAGCAAAGCUGCUCCCCAAAAGUGCCGCCACCAAAAGUGUUGACGAGGACGACCCCUUUUUGGCUACGUGUAAAGACGCUUCACCCUUUAGAAGAAUCAUAAUGAAUAUAAUGAUGAUUUAGUACGUGAAACGAACAAAACUACAAAUGAUUUAAAACGAUUAAGAGAAAAAUAUA